CUUAAGCUCCGGUCAUUCACGGAGAAAGAUGGCGGAUGAAGUGGAACCGCAACAGACCACCAACACAGUGGAGGAGCCCCUGGAUCUGAUCAGACUCAGUCUUGAUGAAAGGAUCUAUGUGAAGAUGAGAAAUGACAGAGAGCUCCGUGGCAGGCUGCAUGCCUACGACCAGCAUCUGAACAUGAUCUUAGGGGACGUUGAGGAGACAGUAACUACAGUGGAGAUUGACGAAGAGACAUAUGAAGAACUCUAUAAGUCAACCAAGAGGAACAUCCCCAUGCUGUUUGUCAGGGGAGAUGGAGUGGUCCUUGUGGCCCCUCCCCUCAGGGUGGGCUAACUCCAACCACUUCCUGGAAUUAAGAGACCUAACAACUGACCUUUUAGGGAGGUUGAUGAUAUUUGGACAUGCUGAACCCAGAUAGGUAUUCUCCAUACCCCAGGUCAGGCUGGUCCCAAAUAUUUCCCCUCAUCAUUUAUGUUUUCAGCUUGGAGGUCAGAAAUUACACUGUUGUUCAACUGUUUGGAUAUGUAUUUAAUUUGAUUUUUUUUAGGAAGAUCUGAGUUUGGGAAAGAUUGAAUCAAAAACUAUGAUGUCCAAUUGCAAUGUCGUUUGUUUAAUAAGCAAAGAAGACCAAUGUUUUGUAACUUUUGUAGCCUGGAUGACUUGUGUUUGUGCAUUUUUUUCAUUUUUUGUAUAAUUUAGUCCUGAGUUGUCUCAACUGACUAUAUUUUCCCCACAGCUUCAGAGUUGAGCAAGAACAGUUCAUCCGUUUUCAUUUCUUUACUGCUUACUUAACAAUAUAAAUAAAAAAUAAAUCUUUGCAAUAUCUCUAUAA